UGUUGGGGAGGUGGGAGGGGGACCGGCGGGCGAGGUGACCUCGGGCGGAUUUGCAAGCCCCACAAGUUUCUCCUUUCUCUGCAAAACUGUCGUGAUUACAAUGUUGCUCCCCUUUUGCAAAAUAAAAGUAGGUUAGUUGGAUUGUUUGUCCUUAGAUUUCUAGGGGUUCAUGAAGGAGGAUGUGUAUUUCUCCCUCCCCCCCGCACUGCACACCCCGCGCCCUGUUACUUUUUUUUUCCGCUUCUCUUUCUGGGGAUGGAAAAACAACUUUGGGGCCCCCUGGGGGGUGCCGGCGUGGAGGUGGAGGUGUCCGCUAGGGCUCAGCUGUCAAAAAGCAGUGGGGCGUGGGGGGCAGAGACGACUGGGCAGGGAAACGCCGAGGAAAGGGCGCGAACUUUAUUCCGACUGCUGCGAACCUCGGCGUCGCUUUUCUUUUCGGGCAGUCGCCGGUCUCGGUCCCUUUUGACCAGUUCCUACUCGCGAGCCGCCGCCGCCGCCGCCCCCUCCUCCUUUCCCCUUCCCCUCCUCCUUCGUGCCCGUCGCGCUGCCCCGCACCCGGAUCAGCCCGGGUCCCUGCUCGCUGUCGGGGAGAAGGGAAGGCAGGCACAGGUUUCGAGCAUAUUCCCUGAACACUUGAAAAUCAGAAUCGGCGGAGGCGAACACUUGGCUUGGCAGGACAGCAGGUCUGGUUACCGGUUUCCACUGAGAAGAGAAAAUCAUCCCUCCUUGCUUUCUCUCUUCCCCGAAGUAGAGGAAGAGACUGCCCAAUUGCACUCAGAGGCCCUUUCAGAGCAGAUUUGAAGACACUUCUGCUUUUGUGAAUUCUCUACAUCACCUUGUCAUGGAAAGGUUUGUCUGGUGAACACUUCUACAAUGUUACACAGUAAAUAUCUUGGCACAUGGUUCAUCUGGAGGUUUCUGGUGGGAGUCAGGUUACUUCUCUCACUAUAGGAUAAAUCAAAGGAUAGACUAGAUAACUAAUCACUAGCCAUAUAUAUAAAUGCAUGUUAUCUAAGAAGGCUCAUCUUUAAAUGAUUUGAUUAAGGUGUGGAGCAAGUUCUCUUAUUCUGUAAACAUAACUGUAACAUCAUCCUGUAGUUUGUAGAAACUGAUUACACAAGGGAUAAUGAUGACCAAAUGUGCAUUCUGAGCAACUGAGGAUCAUCACAUGAAUUCUCCAGAAAGGAGCCAAGUUUCAAUGUGUUUUCCUGUAUCAUGGAGAGAUGAGAAAAACUAGUUGCUAAUUUCAGAGUCAUUACCCAUACAAAUCCAUUCACACACUUACCGCUUUGGACAAGUGACAGACCAGCAAUUGCCAAACAAUUGUAUUCACACUGCAUUUUUGGCUGUGCACCUACACUGGCCAACAGGCAGAAGUUACUCCACAUCAAGCAACCUGUAAUUUACAUUCCCCUGAUUGGUUCCAGAUCUGUCUGUUUUUGAUGUUAGCAUACAAACAUUUUAUACGAGGCAAGAUGUGUCUAUUUGGGGUCUGAUGCCUUUCUGGAACGUCAUCAGGAUAAGGAUGGGGAAUGUGUUGGGCUGAAGAGCAGCCCUUGGAGAAGGUGGAAGAAUUUACGGAAGCAAAGUGUGUAAGAGAAUUCCAUAGUGUCUUAUUUCCUCUAGUGGGUUUGUAUGGCAAUUGGAACAAAAUCUUAAGUCCUUCUUGUAUCCCACAAGACCUUAACUGAUCUACACCUGCCUGACCCUUUCAACUGGUUUCUUUUUUCCCCUCCAUUUUUUAUUCCCCUCAUGGACUAUGCUAAAGUCAUGCUAACUUUUUUCUGUUCCUUUGUCUUGCCAAGUUCUUUACUCUCCCUACCCCCCCUCCCACCACCACCACGCCUUCUCUCUACCUGGAAUAUUCUCCCACAUUUUCCAUCGGUUCCUCAUUUCUCACCUCUCAGCUCUAACUUCUCCUCUUCAAACUCUAAUUAAAAUAGCUCUAUGCCUACCGCUCUAAAUACCCCCUAACUCUUUUUUCCCAUUACUCAUUUUCUUUAUAUCCCUUGGCAAUAUCUGAAGUUCUCUUAUGUGCUUAUUGUUUUCCUUCCAACUGAAAUGUGACCUCCACUGGGGCAGGGGCUGUAUCCACCUUGUUCACUUAUACAGCUUCAGCCCAUAAAACAGUACCAGGCACAAAAUAAACUUAGAAAUAUUGUUUGAAUUAAGAAAGAAAUGUUAAAAUCAUUACACUGUAUUGUUGAUGACCUACCUUAGAGCCAGACAAGUUCACUAGAAAUAGGGAAAAAGUUCCAUACCUGUUCUUUUGGGGGAUGGAGCAAAGCUCUUGAGUUCCAGCACCAGGAAUCCUCAAAGUGUAGGCCUGGCACCCUUGGGGGUCCUCAGGACCCUUUUAGGGGGGCCAUGAAGUCAAAACUAUUUUUAGUGUAAUACUGAGAAAUUAUUUGCCUUUCUUACAUUCUUUCAUGAGUGUAGAGUUUUCCAGAGACAAUGUGACUUGUAACGUCUCAACAGACUGACUGUAGAAGCAGAUACAAAAAUCCAUCUACCUUUUGUUAUAUUAGGCAUUAAAGAUAUUUGCCCAAAGGUGUAAAUGCUACAUUUCUCACUGUUGUUUUGGAAAACGUAGUUAAUUUGCAUUUCAAAAUGUGUGUAUUUCCUGUUGCAGAUAUAGCAAAUUACCAUACAUUUAGUGGCUCAAAACAACAUGAAUUUCUUUUAAAAUUCUGGAGGUCAGAAGUCCAAAAUGGGUCUCUCUACACUAAAAGCUAGGUAUCUGUAUCCCUGCUUUACUUUCUGAAAACCUGAGGAGAAAAUUCAUUCCCUUACCAGCUUCUAGAGACCACCCAGAUUCCUGAGCUCAUGGCCUCCUUCCAUUUUUAAAGCUUAUAUGGGCCAGAUGUGUCUUUUCUUGCACUAAAUCACUCUGACACUGUAUCCUACUUUCACUUAUAACCACCCCUGUGGAGUUCCCUUAGUGGCACAGCGGAAAUGGAUCCAACUAGGAGCCAUGAGGUUGUGGGUUCGAGCCG